AUGCGGUGCCUAUGGGGAGUGCAGUGGAGGCAUUUCAGCCGUCUGGCGCCGAGCAAACUGCCACCCCUCUGGUGGCAAGAAGGGUGGCCGCGGAAACGUGCUGGCAGCGUGGCUGAGGCUGAGUUGUUGGCACCUUUGGGGGAGCUGUUGAUGCCGGGUACACCAGUUGGAGAGCUGUUUCGAAGCUUCAAAUCGCCGCCAGGAUGGGGUGGGCAUUGCUUGGAACCAGAUUUGACUACUUAUGGUGUGUUGAAAGAUGAGGCAGCAGCUCUGUUUGUGGAGUAUGAUGGGUAUUGGCGUCAUGCGGAAAAGGAAGGCAUGGUCAGGGAUCAGUUGAAGAACUUGACAUUGUUGGCAUUUGCGCCAAGCGGUUCCUUUGUGGUCCGGAUCAGCCACAGAAGCGGCAGCAAACUGGAUGGACAUGUCUUGUGCAUAGGUGCAGAUGCUUGGCGUCAAGGUGAUCGCAAGUCGCUUGUUACGACUUUGAAGGCCUUGUUGAAGCAGAUGCUGCCCAGACUAGAACAUGUCUUGCACCCUGAUGCCAAAACUCACUUGCAGAAACAAGUGCAGAAGAAGCACGUGGUGAUAUCAAGAUCCGCUCAACAGUUUUGCGAAGGAGCUAUGAUUAGGGGACGUGGCAGCACACCAAAGGAGAUCUCCGUUUUUUUGAAAGCACAGGGGUUCGAACACAGUGAUAUUCAGAUGCUGCAAAAACGGGCGCUGGUGACUAGAUUCUUCACAGCCAAGCAGACUGCUGCACUGGUUGCCCGGUCACCCCGGAGUGUUUCCUACAGCUUCGAUCGGCUGGAAGAACGCCUGUCACUGUUGGCGGAACAAGGGAAGAUCCAAAUUCUAGAAAGUGCAAUGCGCUUGACCGACGAUACAUUCCGCAAACGUUUCUUGCUUGGUAGCCGUUCGAAGGGCAAAGGCAAGGGCGGCAAGGCGAGGGAAUCCUGGACGUCCUGGACCUCAGGCGCAGGCGCUGCCACUUGGACCGCUGACUGGACCUACGGCUACGGCUGGGACGGCUGGGGCGGCGACGUGUGGUACGACACUUCGCAGCAGUUGGACUGGAAUGCGCCUGCCACAGCGUGGGCAAGUUCACGACAAACGGAAUGGCGCCCAAGGCGCCCAAGGCGCCGUGAAAACCAGGGCACGGGAUCGUCCAGACCGCGUCCCAAUGCUACUGCGGCUGCACCGGCGGACGAAGAACAUCUGACUGCCACGGCGGAAGUUGAGCUGCCGUUCCCACCCAGCACUACCCAAAAUGCUGACCCUGCAGCGGAAACAACCGAAGCACAGGGAGAGCUGCAGGAGACGGCUGGCGCUGCCGAUGGUGCCGGCAGCCAAAAGGAACCGGAACCGCUGCAUGCCGUGGAGCCGAACGGGCCGGCAGAGCCCGUCCCAGCUCCGCCGGAGCUCGAACAGCCUGACCCAGCUCCGCAGGAGCUUGGAGAAGCCGACGAGAUUUGGUUGGAGCACCCUGCUGCUCGCAAGGGGGCAACUAGCCGCGCACGGCUGUUUCCAUUGUGGCGUGAAGUGGCAUGGUCCGAACCCGCAAUGCAGCUGCUCAGUUUUGGGCGGUGGUCGGAGGCAUGGCCCUUUGCGAUGACAGAAGGCUUAUACAAGUCAUUGGCAGAGGAGUUUCAUCGGCGCAACAGUAGCGCUUCAUCUCCAGAAUUGCUGGAUGACUGGGAGGAGAUGGCGGAGGAUCUUUGCGCUGCACAUUUGGCGGACGAGGAUUGCAUGCCCUGGUACAAUUUUGCCGCGUUGUUGCGACUGCGCUGUGCAUUGGGUGAAGAGGAAGAAUGCGAUGAUGGAGCAAGGAUCUCCACAGCCCCUCGGCCCACCCUGCAAGUGCCAUCACGAGCCCCAGGCAAAGAUCUGGUAGCGUUCAUCCGUGAUGUUUCGGGUGAAGGAUUGGCCUUGGGUCUAUCUCCAGCAGCCGCCUCGGCUGCCGGAUUCUCCGCCGUCGGGCCUUCAGCGGCCAGCGGCAUUUGGGAAAAGGUAGAGAUCCUUCCGUGGACCUUGCUACAUCCGCAGCCGCCCUCCUGGGAAGGCGCCGCCUGCACGGUGCGAUGGCGCUUCCAUGUGGUGGACCUUCGUGCAAAGCCCACUGAGUUCCACGCAGGAAACAAGAACACCUGGCGCUUCAAUGACGGUGCUGGCUAUUGGUCCCAGAUGAAAGUCUUGCCAGGCAUUCUCACCGUGGAGAUGUACAUGGAGCGAACGUUGCCUCUGCAAGUUGAGCUGGGAGUCAUGAGAAAUGCGCCAUCAGACUCGGAACCAGAGGUGCGCGCCGUGCUGCUGUCGGAUCAGCUCUGUAUGUGCUUAGAGCACCGCCGUCCAGAGCUUGGACUGCACUGUCUUUGUCCAGAGGCCUUACUGGAAGCCAAUGCCCCGCUGCCACCGCCAAGCGAGGUCAGCCACUGGCCCAGCACGGCCGAGUACAUGGCCAGCUGGCGCCCGGCGGUGGAUCUCGAAGCCGCAGCCAGCGCAGCCGAUGAGGAUGACACGCGGAUUCUGUACAACGUGGAAAUCACUUGGGGUGAAAAAUCAGCGGAAAUGCCGUUGAAACGGGGCACAAGGCCUCCCAUUCUGUAG